AUGAUCUCGAACGCAAGUAAUCGAAUCACCAAGUUAUUCGGAAUCAAAUACCCGAUCAUUUCAGGUGGCAUGGUAUGGUGCAGUGGCUGGAAGCUUGCUUCUGCUGUAUCUAACGCAGGAGGCCUCGGAUUAAUCGGAUCUGGCAGUAUGACUCCAGAUCUUCUCUCAGAACAUAUCAAGAAGUGCAAAGCAGCUACAGAUAAGCCAUUUGGUGUCAAUGUUCCAAUGAUGUUGCCAGAAGUUGAGAAAGUAAUGAAAAUUAUUAUCGAUAAUAAAGUUCCUGUCGUCUUCACAUCAGCAGGAAAUCCAAAGACAUGGACUAAAACACUUAAAAACAACGGAAUUAAGGUCGUUCACGUUACUUCAAGCAGUAAAUUUGCAAUUAAAUCACAAGAAGCAGGCGUAGAUGCUGUUGUUGCUGAAGGUUUCGAGGCAGGUGGUCACAAUGGUGCAGAAGAAACAUCUACAAUGACAUUAAUCCCUCAUGUUCGCAAGGCAGUUGAUAUUCCUUUAAUUGCUGCAGGCGGCAUUGGCACAGGAGGUGGCAUGUUAGCUGCUAUGGCCCUUGGUGCUGAAGGUAUUCAAGUUGGAACUCGUUUUGCUAUGACACAAGAAAGUUCUGCUCAUGAAAACUUCAAGAAGCUUUGCGCAAGCCUCAAAGAAGGCGAUACAAUGCUUUCUCUCAAGAAGAUUGUCGCAACACGUCUUAUCAAGAACGAUUUCUACAAACAAGUCAAAUCUUUCGAAGAUCGUGGUGCUUCUUACAAAGAAUUAAGCGAUUUACUUGGAAGAGGAAGAUCAAGGAAGGGAAUGUUCCUUGGUGAUAUGAAGGAAGGAGAACUCGAAAUUGGACAAAUUGCUUCCUUAUUCAAGGAUAUUACAUCCGCAAAGACUGUUGUUGAGCGUAUUGUUGCUGAAUACAAUGAAAAGGUCAAAGCUGGAUAUCCAGUAUUUUGA